CGGCCGAGCUGCAGUUUCAAUUAGCCUCCGCUAGGCUCCAAGAAGAGACAACUCGCGGCUUUCUUCUCUCGCUCUCGCGAACGACGGACGGACGGAUUGACUCUCUGUCAGUGUUGGAGAACGUGUAGGACGAAGAAAGCACCACGCUCGCUCUCUUUGCGGAAAAAAAAGAAGAAACGAAAACGUCGAAAUGAUCGCGAUGCACUUUGACAUGUUUGCCAGACAAGAGUUCGGUGAAACGUGACACCUCUGGCAGGACUGAACAACGAAAAAGAUAAAUGUUCAUGAUGACGUUAGCCGGAUUGGUGUUGCUGGCGGCCGCCCUGGCCGUGGCAUCGCCGCCCUGUCCGAAGGGUCACGGCUUUUGGGACAUGAGUGGGCAAAAGUGCACCCAGUGCACCGUGUGCGCGCACAACGAAGUGGUGCUGCUGCCGUGCCAGCCUUACAAAGACACAAUGUGCGGGCCCAUUUCGGCGCUCAACAUCAACUGGCCGUGGCAACGGCCGUCCGGCGGCCACAGCAGCAGGGCGACCACCACCACCUCCACCUUCGCUCCCUCGACUCGAUAUUUCUUCACGAAGAAAAUGCGCCCCCUGGCCCGAAAGGUGACCAUGACGAAAACCACCCCGACCAUGACCUCUUCGAGCACCUCCACCACCCCUAUCCCGGAGGUCACGACAGAAACGGCGACGACUGAGACGGAGGUGGUCAAAGAGGUGGAACAAGUGACCACGUCUCCCAUGUUAUCCUCGAGCACCGAGGCCAGUAGCUUCAGUUGGACGGAGAGUUCCUCGGAGGCGACGACCAAGGUGUCCGCGCAACCCUUCCUGGCCACCGAAACGUCCGUCGAGUGGGACUGGCAGGCCCUGGCGCUCGCCGUCACCAUUGCCACGUUUGUGGUGCUGCUCGUGGUCUUUGCCGUGUACGCGGCCGUACACGCGAGAAGAGCCACCGCACGUAGGAGGCGACUGCAGAAAGACCUGGACGCGGCGAGGCUGAGCCUAUUCCCAGUAUCACGAAGCGAGGAUGCGGAACUGCAGACGUUCAGCGCGUCCUCGUCGCCCAAGGGCUUGUACAAUUCGAAUCAGUGCUUGUACUUGGAGAAACUUCUCGAACAAAAACAGUGCAGAAGGGCCAACAUUUAUGUCGAAACCGGACGACAGGCAACGCCAGCACCAGCCCGACGCUCGUCCAGGUGGAAAGAAAAAGAGCUGCCGGCUGAAAAAACGCCGUGAGCAUGGAACAAUUUCUGAUUGCAACCAACGUACAAAUCUCAGCGUGCCCUCUUUAGACAGAUAAGACGAAAAGAAAGGUUUUCUUGGUACAAAACGCAAGAUGCUGUCAUUAGCUGUUAGUUCGGAAGUGAGUCUGAUGUGAACUGUGAGUGCAAGAAUUAUUAAUUACAAACAAAAAAGUAUUCAACAGAAUAUAUGCAAGUGAGCAAAAAAUGUGUCUGACAAAUAAAGUUCGAGUGAU